AUGAAGAGGAGUCUGGACUGCGCUGGAAUCAUGUCGUCCCAGGUAUGCAUCCAUACCAACAUACUGACAUGUGCUGUAGAUGUAGAAAAGUAUAAGACCGCCUCUGACUCUUCUAAUUUAGCGUUUCAAUUCCUCCAACAUGCAGGAGUAGAAGCCCAGCGACGCGAUUGUGACAGCCACCUGAUACGGUCAUUGUACAUGGAUGCGCUAUGCUAUCUUCUUCAGGCCCUACCUACAGACUUGACUUAUGAAGAAACUGCAAGAAUCAGGAAAAGCCUCCCUGGCCCAAUUUCCAACUCUCUCGCUGUACCUUCCACAGCUGGCUUCGUCAACCAACCUGUGCACACAAGACACCCGGCAGAGCGAUCUUAUCUCCACCGGCUGCUGGCCUCCAGUAUUGUGCAUUUCUUUCUUUUGCUUCAGUUCCUGAUGCCGUACCUCAAGAUUGUGCUGCACCGACUUUACCAAUUUGAACGGUCCCAUCGGGUUACCGAGCGUGUCGUGUCGGCGAGCCUGGAUGCUGCCGAUAGCUUGGGUAAAAGGAGCAUGAGUUUGGGAACAACGGUCCUCAGUAUCCAUGAUGGGAAGGUGGGUGUUGCAGUGUCAAGCCUGGCUGCAUGGUGGGUUGAGGGUAUUGCAGGUGGAAUUUACGAGGGGAUUGGCGAGGGCAUGACUAUCUUAGGGUUCAUUCGGCCAAAUCCCGGUGUGAGGCCGGGAUGCCAUAAGGGCAGAACAGUUCUACCUUUCAAUAAGCGAGCGACAAUUGAUGUCGCGAGGAGAGGGGAGUUUCAAGCCCAUUUCGACUAA